GCUGCUCUGGAGAUUUCAGUGGAUUUCUGCUUCAGAUUAAAGCAGACCAAAACAACUCCACAGGAAAACAAUUCCGGAGCUGGACGGAACACACAGAACAGUGUUCAGCCCUUUGGACCGCUGGGUUUCUGACUGACGACACACCAUCCCACACACGGCAGAACGUGGCUCACUAAACAACUGAAGGCCUAUUGGAUAGAGAAAGGUGUUGAGGCAGAGUUGGCGCAAAGAGAAGAGCGUAAAGCUAUAAGAAGAGGACGACAACAGAGCAAGGCGUUGAGAAGGGGAACGGGAGAGAGCAGGAAAGUUGUGGAGAGGAAGGAAAGAAGGAGUGUGUCCACUCUUCUCCUGGUUGUCCCGUCAGUGGAGGUCCAGCCUUGACUCCGGUAUCUCUCGUUUUCUCCAGAACAAGCCAAUUGUCAAACGGGAAUACGGUGUCAGUGUCUCGUCUGGUACCGCGAGUCUCGUAGGUUGCUACCUCUCUGGGCUGGACGGACAUUGACAGCAGCCUCCUGUAGUGUGUUGACCAAUCAGCUGGUUGGGGAUAUCUCUCUCUCUGAGCUGCUGGGAGUACAGGUGUAUACCGAAAGUCUCUGGUUGUGGUUCCAGUGGUUAGUCAUGGAGGACUCUGGUUCCUCCAUCACCUCCAGCAUGGCCUCUCGCUGGACACUGCCUGGCUCACACACAGUGUCCCCGGCGGCGGAGAGGCUGCGCUACAUCCUGGGUGAAGAUGACGACAUGCCGACGCCCACUCUGUUUACGGAGAUGGACACGCUGCAACACGAUGGAGACGAGAUGGAGUGGAAAGAGUCUGCUAGGUGGGUGAAGUUUGAGGAGAAGGUGGAGGAGGGAGGAGAGAGGUGGAGUAAGCCCCAUGUGUCCACCCUGACCCUCCACAGUCUGUUUGAGCUGAGGACCUGCAUCCAGACUGGCAGUGUACUGCUGGAUCUGGAGGGAUACUCGCUGCCACAGAUAGUGUAUGACAUCGUGGACCGCCAGGUGGCAGACGGUCUGAUUGGUCCAGAACUGAGGGAGAAGGUCAGCUUUGUGUUGCUACGGAAACAUCGCCACCAGCAUAAGAAACCCAUCCACCUCUCGCUAGCCGACAUGGGCAAAUCAAACAAUUCCCCCACCAGCCGUAGUCCCCAGUCUGUUCAUAAUGUCAGUCGUAGUAACGUCAGUCGCUUUCCUAGUUCAGCCUCUGGCCUCCAUCACUCCACAGAGGACUUACGAGCCAAGUCAGGCAGCCUUGGCCGCCUGCAUCCCGCGCAAAGCCGAAGCAUGAACGACAUUUCAGACAAGCCAAGCACAGACCAGAUGAAAAACAAGUUCAUGAAGAAGAUACCUCGUGAUGCAGAGGCGUCCAACGUUCUGAUUGGAGAAGUGGACUUCCUGGAUAAACCAUUUGUAGCUUUCGUACGUCUGGCCCAGGCUACCACACUGGGAGGCCUGACCGAGGUCCCCGUACCUACCAGGUUUCUGUUUGUCUUGCUGGGUCCUCAUGGCAAAGGCAAGUCCUACAACGAGAUUGGCCGAGCUAUCGCCACGCUCAUGGUGGAUGACUUGUUCAGUGACGUUGCGUAUAAAGCCCGGGACCGGGACGACCUGAUCGCGGGGAUUGAUGAGUUUCUGGAUGAGGUCAUCGUUCUGCCCCCAGGGGAGUGGGACCCCAAAAUACGCAUUGAGCCCCCCAAGAAGGUCCCCUCUGCUGACAUGAGGAAGUCAGUGCUGAACCUGAAUGAGCUAGGCCAGGUGAACGGGACCGGGACAGCUGGGGGGCCAGGAGGAGGAGAGGACGAGGAGAUGCCCAUCCCCCACGAACUGGGAGAGGAACUGCAAUUCACUGGCAGGUUCUGUGGAGGCCUGUGGCUGGACAUUAAGAGGAAGGUUCCGUGGAUCCUUAGUGAUUUCUCCCAGGGCUUUCACAUCCAGUCCAUCUCUGCUGUUCUGUUCAUCUACCUGGGCUGCAUCACCAACGCCAUCACCUUCGGAGGCCUGCUGGGAGACGCCACUGACAACUACCAGGGUGUGAUGGAGAGUUUCCUGGGUACAGCGUUAGCAGGGACAGUGUUCUGUCUGUUAGGAGGUCAGCCUCUCAUCAUUCUCAGUUCUACUGGACCCAUCCUCAUCUUCGAGAAACUGCUCUACGAGUUCUGCAAGUCGAACACUAUAGACUACAUGGAGCUGCGUCUGUGGAUUGGUCUCCACUCCUGUCUGCAGUGUCUGAUCCUGGUCGCCACGGACGCCAGUUACAUCAUCAAAUAUAUCACCCGCUUCACCGAGGAGGGCUUCUCCAGCCUCAUCUCCUUCAUCUUCAUCUCGGACGCCAUCAAGAAGAUGGUGGGCUCCUUUAAGUACUACCCCAUCAACCGUGUCUUCAAGCCCGACUACGUUACCACAUACAGGUGUGAAUGUAUCGCACCUGACCAGGCUGCCGCGAUGGCUUUUAACGUUUCAGUUCCACUCGCGGACGAUAAUAUGACGGAUUUGUAUAACAUAACAGGUCUGGACUGGAGUCAGCUGAGUAAGAAGGAGUGUGUGAAGUAUGGCGGCGCCCUGCUGGGGAACGCGUGUAAGUACGUCCCAGACCUGGCCCUCAUAUCUUUUAUCCUGUUCUUCGGCACCUACUCCAUGACCGUCUCCCUCAAGAAGUUCAAGACUAGCCGCUACUUCCCCACCAAGCUGAGGAAACUGAUCAGUGAUUUCUCCAUCUUCAUGUCAAUCAUGACGUUUGUGGGUCUGGAUAUGCUUGUAGGGCUGGACACGCCCAAACUAAUUGUACCCACAGAGUUUCAGCCGACGCGUCCAGACCGUGGCUGGGUGGUGAUGCCGUUUGGUAAGAACCCGUGGUGGGUAUAUGUGGCCAGCGCCGUCCCUGCUCUCCUGGUCACCAUCCUCAUCUUCAUGGACCAACAGAUCAGCGCCGUCAUCGUCAACCGCAAAGAGAACAAACUCAAGAAAGGUUGUGGGUACCAUCUGGACCUGUUCUGGGUGGGUAUUCUGAUGGCAGUGUGUUCCUUCCUGGGCCUGCCCUGGUACGUGGCUGCAACUGUCAUCUCCAUCGCCCACAUCGACUCUCUGAAGAUGGAGAGUGAGUCCAGCGCCCCAGGAGAGCAGCCCCAGUUCCUGGGAGUCAGGGAGCAGAGGUUGACGGGUAUUCUGGUGUUUGUCUUAACUGGAGUUUCCAUCUUCCUAGCUCCUGUCCUUCAGUACAUCCCCAUGCCUGUUCUCUACGGUGUCUUCCUCUACAUGGGAGUAGCCUCACUUGCAGGAAUACAGUUCUGGGAGCGUAUCAAGCUGUACCUGAUGCCAGCCAAGCACCAGCCAGACUUCUCCUUCCUGCGUCACGUUCCUCUGAGGAGAGUCCAUCUCUUCACCCUGGUCCAGAUUAUCUGUCUGGCUGUCCUCUGGACCCUCAAGUCUACCGUAGCGGCCAUCAUCUUCCCUGUCAUGAUCCUUGGUCUGAUGGUGGUGCGUAAGAUGAUGGACCUGAUGUUCUCUCAACACGACCUGGCCUGGCUGGACGACAUCCUGCCGGAGAAAGACAAGAAGAAGGAGAAGGAUGGGAAGAAAAAGAAAGACCACAAAAGGACCAAAGCAGCAGAGCCGGAGAGCGACGAGGAGCCCAAGAGUCCCCUCCCUCCUCCAGUGAAGAUACCCAUGGACACCAUAGACCUGCCUUCAGCAUCUGACCCCUCUGUAACCCCACCCACCCAGCCCCCCGUCUGACUGAGAAGAAAAUCCAGAUGGAAGUCACCGGAUGCAUCCCCCGGCCCUGACGCACACACACACACACACACACACACACACCGACUGGGGACUACACUGCCAGAAUGUCCACACCUAUGACUACUGACACACACAUGUAAAAACACACACGCACGCAUACAUCCACUUACUACUGCCAGCUAGACUACUGACAACUACUGUAUAAUCCCAGGCACAGCUAAUAACUAUUAGCAAACAUCCAUUUACUAUUAGCAUUCUUUACCACUGUUUUUACUUUAAAAAAAAAACGUAAUACACACUGAAUUUCAUAUAAAUGUAUACAAAUAUCCUAUAAAAUGUAGAUAUGAUGUGAUAUUUAACAUGUAAACAUAUGUCUAUUACAUUCAGCUGGAUAGUAGUUAGUUAUUAUACUUUUAAACAUUGUACAAAUCACAGUACGGUCUGGGAGACAUACCCAGACACAUGAAUCACACGCCGCUCGGAACCAUAAGUCUACUGUCCGAGGCUGUUGGAGCAUAGAUCGCCGUGUGUGGACUGAGGUUUCUUUUCCCUCAACAUAUUCUCUGAUCUCCAGCGCCUGCUUAAAACCACUGGAUGCUGUGUGUGUUUUUUCCUGCACCUAUCCUUUGGCCCUAAUGUAGUUUGUGAGGUCCGACUGACAGUCGUUUAGAUACCAGAGCCCAUGCACCUGAAACCAAUGCAGAAGUAGUUUUUUGUGUGUGUUUGUUUUGAUGAUGUCUCCCGUGUGUAAUUUAUUCACUGUGUGCCAUGUGGUUUGUAGCAGGAACCUCUUGUACUAAUGUAACGACGACUCUGAAGGCACAGUUAGCAAAGGAAGGGCUAUAAUGUGACGGUAACCCAAUAUUAUAAUGCAGUGUUAUUCUGCAAAUUGACCACAAGAAGCCAUCAGAUUGCUAUCAAUUUGCAUGCCCCCAGACCACUGUCUUUUUCCAUUGGCACUGACUUAGCCGAUAAAUACAUUGUUGAGGGAAAAUGUACUUGAUACCAUUGUGAUGUGUUGUUGUCUCACCUACAGUAGUUAUCUUAAGAUGAACGAACUAAGUGUGAAACUAUGUUUGUGCGUGCUCGUGAGACUGUGAUUGUGUGAGCUCACGAGGGUGAGAGCGUGUGUGUGUGUAACCUGGGCUUGUUGCACCUGAAUGUGCCUCCCUCAGAGUCCCUCUGCACCUGAAGAUCUGCACCCCCCCCCUCCCCUCCCACACACACCCCUCACCCCACCAGCUGAAUCCCAGGUGAGCCUUACCUACGGAUCCUCAUCACGCCCUCCUGUUCCCCCGUUCACAAUCCAGGUAGAGUCCGAGGAGACUGUCCUCUAUUCAAGGUGUCACAACCUUUAACCCCGCAUUAACCUCUGUCCUCCAAAUGGAUGCUAUCCGACCUCUAAGACUCAACGAGGCCCGCAACAAUACAAACACUCACACUCGUCUCUAUUACUUAGGCAACUAAAUUGUACUGUAGGUUGACAGCACAUACAGUGGGGAGAACAAGUAUUUGAUACACUGCCGAUUUUGCAGGUUUUCCUACUUACAAAGCAUGUAGAGGUCUGUAAUUUGUAUCAUAGGUACACUUCAACUGUGAGAGACGGAAUCUAAAACAAAAAUCCAGAAAAUCACAUUGUAUGAUUUUUAAGUAAUUCAUUUGCAUUUUAUUGCGGAGGCCAUUGUGGAGAGGUUGGAGUCUGUUUGAUUGAGUGUGUGGACAGGUGUCUUUUAUACAGUUAACGAGUUCAAACAGGUGCAGUUAAUACAGGUAAUGAGUGGAGAACAGGAGGGAUUCUUAAAGAAAAACUAACAGGUCUGUGAGAGCCGGAAUUCUUACUGGUUGGUAGAUGAUCAAAUACUUAUGUCAUUCAAUAAAAUGCAAAUUAAUUACUUAAAAAUCAUACAAUGUGAUUUUCUGGAUUUUUGUUUUAGAUUCUGUCUCAAUUCUAUGGCAACAGCUCUGGUGGACAUUCCUGCAGUCAGCAUGACAAUUGCACGCUCUGUGGCAAUGUGUUGUGUGAUUAAACUGCACAUUUUAGAGUGGCCUUUUAUUGUCCCCAGCACAAGGUUAAUCUGUGUAAUGAUCAUGCUCUUUUGUCAGCUUCUUGAUAUGCCACACCUUUCAAAUUGAUGGAUUAUCUUGGCAAAGGAGAAAUGCUCACCCUAACAGCAUAACAGCAUCUAACAUCCGUAAACAAAUUUGUGCACAACAUUUUUUACAUGUUUUUUUUGUGUGGAUGGAAAAUUUCUGGGAUAUUUUAUUUCAGCUCAUGAAACGUUGGACAAACAAAUUUACAUGUUGCAUUUACAUUUUUGUUAUGUGUGUGUGUCUCUAUCUCUCUCGCUCUCUCUCUCUUUUUUAUAUAUACAUGUAUUAUAAUAAUAAUGUCAAAACAUAAAAUUAAAAGUCAAUUUAAAAAAUUAUCUGAAAGUGAUGUUAAUUUAGAUAAUCUGUUACCAAUUAUUCCCACGCAUAAAUAGAGGCAUAUGUGAUCGUAUCCCAAUGUAAUCAAGGUUUGAAAUUAUUCUGGUUUUGUCAAAUACUGUAUCUGUUUGAGCUUCUUGCGGUCAAUUUUCAGUGUACAAAUUAUGUAUAAUUAUGUUCAACUACGUUCAAGAAAAAAUCGAAUCGCGGCUGAAUGUCAUUUGGAACCCCUGGUUCAUAGCAUUUAUUCGUUUUUUUUGUGUUCAGUGCAUUCACCUUUAUGAGUGUAGGUGUAUACAUUUCAGAGUAUAUUUACUUUGUAUUGUAAAGAUUUACAAACACAUGUUAAUAAAAUGGUAUGCAAAUAU